AUGAUUGUGUUUUGGGUUUUAUGCGCUUUAGAUACCAUUACAUGCAUUCUUUAUCAAGGAUGGCACUCAAUUUUCUACCCAGAGCAUGCUUUUAUCGGAUCCUUCCUUAUUAUCAUAGCUUUCUACAUAACUGAUAUCAUCGUCGACCACUUUUAUACUACAAAAGUCCAUGAAACUCCAAAUUUAAACAAAGAAAACUCAGAUAUUGAAUUAAAUGACCUAGAUAAUGUUGACGAAAACAUUUACGAAGACGAUGAAUACAUAAGUACCAAGCUAAAGCAUGCAAACCAUAAAUUAGUCGAAUUAAUUUACGGAUCACCACAUGAAGCAAUAAAAUAUGCCAAGUUUUGCGCUAAAAACAGUCAAGACAACAAUCUAAGAGUUGACUGUUACCGAUAUUUAGCUCUAAUGCACUCCCUUGAGCCAGAAGACCUCAUUGAAAUUCGCAAUAUGUCCAGACAAAGCGUAAACAUCACUAAAAGACAAUUAUUAUGCGAUCUACAGUAUGAAGUCUUCUCAAUCAACCCUGAUGAUGACGAUGUUGAGAAUUAUAUCACUCAUCUUCACAAAAUUCUCAACAAACUUCGAAAAAUCUACUUCAAAAUCGUGGAAAUGAUAUCCAUGGCACAACCCGAUGACAUAGAAAUCUGUUUGUUGAUGUACCAACAUUAUUGUCACAUUUUUGAACGAUACGCGAAAAUUUACACGAUAAAUUGUCCGAAUUCGCAAAAAUUGAGUUAUGUUAUUUCAACUUAUUUCACUGAGAUCAAUGCGGAUUUCAAUCUUUCCGUUGCUUGGCGACAUAAUUUCGGUGGAAUAGAACGAGAAAUAUCAUCAGGAGAUUUUUCAGAUGACAACAUCAUUUUUGGUACAGUCAACAAAGCGAAUUCAUCAUCAUUGAUAAGAUUAAGUCGUAAUUCUCAAUCCCAUAACUUUGAAUUUGCUUCAGCACAAAAUUUGGCUUCACAAAAUACAUUGAAUACAAUUUAUAGUUUUGGAUUGAGAUCGUUUACUAUUUGUAGUUUUCUUUUGAUUGCUUUUGUUAUUUGUGUAGCUGCAAUGAGAGCAAAUCCUCCGAAUUACGUUGUUGUCGCUAAAGGAAGAUCUCAUAAUAUUAUUAAUAAAAUUCAGAACAUCACUUCACUUCCUGUCAAUUCUAUCGUAAAAGUGACAUUGGAAGCAGUAUCAUCAUGUAAUUCUGAAUUUAAUGGAUUAGUCAAUCAAACGAAAGAUCUCAAAGAAUUUGAAGAUUUUUCUGAUUAUAUUUCUGAAUUUUCUGAUUAUAUUUAUGUAUUUAAUGUCAAAACAACAAAACCAAAUGAUGUUUCGACGACAUGGACAAGCAAAUCAUUGUAUAAACAACAGAACUUGACAUUGCAUACAAGUGAAAGUUCUUUGGCAAUUCUGUUGAAUACGAAUUAUACUUUGCAAUGUUCAAAAGAUACAAGAAAAGAUUUGGAAACAUCAAAUGAUUUGUUUAAUUCUACUAUUUUUAUGAAUUCGAUUUUUGCUGAUGAAGUGAAAUCAAAAAGUCAUCGUUUUCUCGUUGAAUUUAAGAACCUUUACGUAUAUGUGACAAUUAUGUAUUUGGUUGUUUUGGCGGGUUUACAUUUGUCAAGCGGUUAUUUUGCCAUCUAUCGUCGCAAAACAGAAAGAAACUAUUUCUGGAACUCAUUGAUUGAAAUUGAUCCAAACUGUCUUGAAGAAACAAGAAAAAGAUUGAUUAACGGUUACGGUUUGACAAAUCAAUCUUCUUUUUCAAAAAGUGACUUCAAUGAAUCAGAAAACAACAUUUUAGGAAGUGAUGAAUUAGAGUCCGGUUCAGGUACAUCUAAAAAUGAUCAAAAUCUUGAAUACAAGACAAUUGAUCCUGAUAAAGUUUUAUCGACGGAAAAAACAAAAAGAGAAAAUUUCAUUCAAAAAAUGAAUGGCACUUUUUUGUAUAUUUUGAUAUCAGUUAUUUUCUAUGUGUUAUGGAGUACAUUAGUAUUUUGUUAUCCAUUCCCUAUUUUGACUUAUUUUGAUAGAAUUUCUUAUUAUGAGACAAUUUCGACAAAUUUGUAUCAAUCAACAGCUGCCGUUCAACAAAUUAUUAAUUAUAAUUUGAUAGAAGUAAUGAAAAAGAACUUGGGCGAGAAAACAGCAAAUAUGACUAAAUUUAGGAUCCUUAGACAAUUCAUUCUUGGAAAAGUGUCAGAUAAAUUCGGUUAUGACGAUAAAAUAUACAGAAAAUCGUCAAAAGGUGACAUUAAGAAUUUAUUGAAUACAGCUAUUGAUCAAUUCAACUUAAUUACAAAUCUUACAAGAAAAUUUGGUGAAGGCGGAUUUACAAAUAAUUCAUUAAUUGAAGAAGCAACUUUAAUUGCUUUUAUUGAUUUAGUAGAAACAACAGGAAAUGUUAGUUUAAUUUGCGAAGAUAUUAUUUCUUAUUAUAGAAAUCAAUAUGAUAUAUUUAGAGUAUUUAAUAGAGUUAUCGCUGCAUUUUUCAGCUUAAUUUAUUUAAUUUUUGUUGUUUAUAGAAUAUAUAUGUAUUUUUCUGAGUUUUCCGUUUUCAAGAACUUUCUUUUGAUCAUUCCAAAUAAUAACAAACAAGCAAUAACUAUGGCAUUUGAUUUGUUUAGUAAUAAGAAGAAAAACGAUAAUUUAUCAAAUGAAGUUUCUCUUUCUAGACAUAUAAUUAAGCAGUCAUUGAAUGGAAUCUUGAUGGUGAAUAGUUUAGGAAUUAUUCAAGAUGUGAAUAACUCUGCAAUUUCUAUUUUAAAUCGAAAGAAAGAAGACAUAAUUCAACAGAAAAUUACUCAAAUUUUGUCUGAUGUCAAUGAAUCGAAUAAUUCUAAUUUGAACCAAAUGUUUAACCAGUUGUUUGUUGAUCAGAGUGAAGACAACAAUACACCUGAUAAUAUUAUGUCUGUAACGAAAACUUCUUCUGUAACUGAAGUUGAAAAUACAGUUACAAUUCGUACAGGAAAUGGAAAUUUGAAAUUGGUAAGUUGCAAAGUAAUUAAAAUGACUGAUAUCAAAAUGUGGGGUGAUGAAAUGACAUAUGCUUUUAUUCUUAGAGAUAUAACAGAAUUCAAUCGCUCUGAAUCAGAAUUAAAAGGUGCUCAAGCUCGUGUUGAAAAUCUCCUCACAAAAAUUAUGCCAAAAGUUAUUGCGACAAGAUUGAUGUCAAAAAGUGAUAGAGAAGACAUUAUUUCAUGUGUCGAUAAAGCUGUUAUUAUCUUCAUUGGUAUCCAUGAUUUCGUGUCAUGGUGCACGAAUAAAAACCAUGAAGACAUCAUGCAAUUGUUGGAUGUAAUUUUCUCGAAAUUUGAUAGAAAAAUCGCGAAAUAUCCAACACUUGUCAAAAUCAAGAUGAUUAAUGGUGUCUACAUGGCAGCUGCUGGAUUGUUCAAUGAAGUAUCAGAUAGAACACCUGUUCACGAAGCUGUUGAGUUCUGUUUGGCUUGCGGGAAAUGGGUAAUGGAACGAAAUAACACUGAAGAAACAAAAAUUCACUUGAAUAUCGGUGUAAAUUACGAUGGACCGAUAAUUUCAGGUGUUUUGGGAAGAGAGAAACCUUUGUUCGAUGUUUGGGGUGAUGCUGUGAAUGUGUCUGCUAGAUUGGAAACUUCUUCUUAUAUUGAUACAAUUCAGAUGUUACCACAAACAUAUCACACACUUCCUGAAGGAUAUUACAACGCUUUCGAAAGGAAUGAUGUGUUUUUGAAGGGUAAAGGAACAACAAAUACAUUCAGUAUUCCUUUGCCUGGAUCUUAUUCUGUAUUUUCAUGA